AUGUGUGCACAUGCCCAUGCUGCCAACAUUGUGUCAGCUGUGUUCAUUGCAACAGGCCAAGAUCCUGCACAAAAUGUGGAGAGCUCCCACUGUCUUACAAUGAUGGAAGGGGUGAACGGGGGAAAGGACCUGCACAUUUCGGUUACCAUGCCAUGCAUUGAAGUGGGGACGGUGGGAGGAGGGACUCAGUUGGCAUCACAGGCGGCAUGCUUGAACAUGCUUGGAGUGAAAGGAGCAAAUGCUUCAUCUCCUGGAGAAAAUGCUCAGAACUUGGCAAGAAUAGUGGCAGCAGCAGUUUUGGCAGGAGAGCUGUCUCUCAUAUCUGCCCUUGCUGCGGGUCAGCUGGUGAAAAGCCAUAUGAAGUAUAACCGAUCAAGCAAAGACGUGAAAGCAGCAGCUUAA